AUGUUCGAGAUUACAAAAGUUUCCCACUUAAAGGAGGUGGUAGAGAUACCCGAUAUUGGCUUCUUCGUCGUCACGAAAGUGUACCAACUUGAUGAGACGGCUUCAGCACAUCUUUACCAUAAAACUGGCGCCGAAACAGCAAGGCUAAAAAGCCACGUGGGAGAAGAAGAGAUGCACUUUCUGCGUCAAGACAACCUAUUUUUAAACUGCCUCCUGAACAGUUCAAGCAUAAAAAGAGAGCCAAACCGAUGGGCCAUACAUUUUCGGAACAGCCAACUCGUAAUCGCUACAACUUUGGCCUUCAACACCAACAAAAGGGAAGGAAGGCCUGAACUCCCAGGGCCGACAGGACAGGACAGGACAGGACAGGACAGGACAGGACAGGACAGGACAGAAGAGGAGAGGAGAGAGGAGAGGACAAUCUCUACUAACAGGAAACAGUAG